GCAGUCUCCAUUCUACACACUACAUUUCCCAGUGGCUCUGAAGCAACCCCGAGAUCUGGAUUUCUAGUCCCUCUAACUCCAGUGGCAGGAGUGGAAUGAGAACGCGGCCAGAGUGGAAUGGAGCCUUUGAUGAUAUUGGCUGCCCUUUUGAGGCACCGCCUCUUCACUCAGUUUCUAUCCAUCAAGCACAGCAAAACAAGGUGAAAGGUUCAGUUGGGAGAAGUGCAAUGCUCCCAUGUUAUUCUCAUUUCCUCGAAGAAUAUGACACCAGCUUCAGAUGGCUUAAGAAUAAUUCGUCAUUAAUGGCAGGAAUCAUUGGUAAAUCUAAAAUCAGUGUUCUGGAUGAAUCUUUUCGAAAUAGGAUUCAAAUGCCAGCAAAUUCUUCAACUGGGAAUCUCUCACUCAUGAUCACCCAUCUGAGGGUAGAAGAUCUUGGGAUGUACCAAUGUGAAGCCAGUAGCAAGAACCAAAGCAUCAGAUAUGAAGAGAUUUUUCUUUAUGUUACUGAAGAUGGCGUCUCAAAGCCCAUCAUUAGGCUUCUUCCAGGUCAAAACGUUACCGAACAAAGUACAGUCACACUGAAAUGUGCAGUCACCAGUGGUUCUUUACCUAUCACAUAUAUGUGGUACAGAAAGACCAGCAAAACAGAAAAAGCCAAGAAAAUAAACCAUUAUCUACAAACAUUGGUGCUCAAUCCCAGCAGGAAAGAAGAUAAUGGCCUAUUCUUCUGUAAAGUCAGCAACAAAUUCAGUACAGAGAAGAGCGGUCUGAUGGAGAUUCCACUUUCUGCUUCUGGCAUACCUUCAAUGGAAACCACUCUCACUGUUCCAAAUGGCCGCAGUGCAUCCAGGAUCCCAUGGGUGAUGAUCAGCAUCAGUUCAGCUUUGGUGUUAUUCAUUGUUGGUGUCAUUUUGACAGCUAUAUGGAUGGUUAAGAAAAGGUUGAAAGGAAGGAAACAUCCACGUUCAAUUCAGCUUCAGAGAUUUCAUAAAGAUGUCGCUGUGCAAACCAAAGAAGAGGAUCUGGAACAUGGAAAUUACUGGAGCAAAAAUAUUGAUGCCACCUAUGCCACCAUUGAUCAUACUAGGCGACUACCUAAACCACCAGCCAAUCCAAGAAACACAUCCAUGCAGUUUACAGAAACUCCCUCAAUGAGACAUCAACCAUAUACAAAUUUCCAUGUGACAUAUUGAAUAUGAGUGAACAUAAUUUGUGAAGUGCAAGAAACAUCUAAAACAUCCUGGGAAGUGGAACUGUUCAGUCAUUUUACUGUUACAUUGUUAAUAAUGACUAAAUACAAAAGCAUCCAGUAUGAAACAAUUCAAGUUGUGUUGAAUAAUUUCAGGAAAAAAUAUUGACAUGAUCUAAAGGCCAAGUAAAACACUAUAUUAAAACAAAGAAUAUUAAUCUAAAUCCCAUGACAUCACAAUAUAGGGCGACACAGUGGUAGAGUUGAUGCCUUACAGCGUCAGAGACCCAGGUUCGACCCUGACUAUGGAUGCUGUCUGUACGGAGUUUGCACGUUUUCCCUGUGACUGGGUGGGUUUUCUCAGGAUGCUACGGUUUCCUCCCACACUCCAAAGAUGUACGCUUGUAGAUUCAUUGGCUUUGGUAAAAUUGUAAUAAUUGUCCAUAGUGUGUAGGAUAGUGUUAGUGUAUGGGGUGAUCGAAGGUCAGUACAGACUUGAUGGGCCAAAGGGUCGGUUCCUGUGCUGUAUCUCUCAAGUCUAAAGUAAAGUAAAUAUAUGUGCUGUCUAGAAAUUUAAUUUGUUUAAAAGAUUUACAACUUUAAAGGGACAUCAUAAAGGCAGGUGCUGGCCCCUCAUGCCUGCCCAGAAUUUAAUGAAAGCUCAGCUAAUUGUUACCUGAAUGCCACUUCACUGUACUAACUUCAUAAUACUUGAAUCCUUUAUUUAACAACCUGUCUUGAUAUAGUCAGCAAUUGAAACUACACUCCCCAUAUGGAUAGAAAAUCCCAAAGAUAACUAUUCUAUGGGUAAAAGAAAAUGUUUUCUCAUCUAAAUCCUAAAUAGGAUUUUUCAAACCUAACUAGCUGAUCCCAUAUUUAGAGCGACUUCUGGUCCUUGACAACCCAGUCAGGGAAAAUAUCAUCCCUGCAACCAGCUUAUCAAACCCUGUAAGAAUUCCACUAACUUCCAUCCGGCACUUAAAUACACCUGGACCAUUUCCGACAUCUCCCUACCGUUUCUAGACCUCACCAUCUCCAUCGCAGGUGACAGACUACUGACCGACAUCUACUAUUAACCCACUUACUCCCAUGGCUAUCUGGCCUACACUUCAUCCCACCCUGCUUCCUGUAAGGACUCCAUCCCCUACUCCCUCCGUCUAUGCCAGUGGUUCCCAACGUGGGGCGUACGCCCCACAGGGGGGCAAUUUGAUUUUUAAGGGGGGCAAUUGAGCGCGACUGAGGAGGUCUGGGUUUCGAUUUUUAUUUUUUUGGAUUUUCCAUCAGGUAAACAUAUGUAGUUUAUGUUUCAGAUGUUAUUUUGAGUAAAUAAUUUUUUGGGGGUAAAAAAGGUCUUUAUUGUGUAGUUAUUACACAAUCACCGCGCCAUCGCUCUUCAUGCACGUUGCACGAAGCGCACGAGGUCAUGGGAGAACCUUAUUUAUUGAAUUGGAUUUAGAAAUGCGAUUCAAAGAGCUUUUGCUAAGUUACCCUUAUAAUAUCUAUUUCCUCCGUUUCCUCUCAAGGGAAAGCAAGGGGGGGCAUCAGGAUUUUAGAGGUGAUUAGGUGGGGCAUGGCCAAAAAAAGGUUGGGAACCACUGGUCUAUGCUGUAUCUGCACCCAGGAUGAGGUGUUCCAAACCAGGGCAUCAGAGAUGUCCUCAUUCUUUAGGGAACGGGGGUUCCCCUCUUUUACUGUAGAUGAGGCUCACCAGGGUUACUUCUCACCAGGGUCACGUCUAUACCCCGUAACUCUGCUCACUCCUUCCCCGCACUCAUAACAAGGGCAGUCCCCCUUAUCCUCAUAUUCCACCCUACCAGCCGUCUCUGACAUUUUCGCCACCUCCAUCAGGAUCCCACCACUGGCCAAAUCUUCCCAUCUCCUCCCCUUUCGGCUUUCCGCAGAGACCGCUCCCUCCGUAACUCCCUGGUCAAUUCAUCCCUUCCAACCCAAACCACCACCUCUCCUGGCACUUUCCCUUGCAACGGCAGGAAAUGCUACACUUGUCAUUUUACCUCCCCCCUUGACUCCAUCCAAGCAGUCUUUCCAGGUGCGGCAGAGGUUCAUCUGCACCUCCUCCAACCUCAUCUAUUGCAUCUGCUGCUGUACAUCGGUGAGACCAAGCGUAGGCUUGGCAAUCGCUUCGCCCAACACCUCUGAUCGUUUCGCAAUAACCAACCUGAUCUCCCGGUGGCUCAGCACUUCAACUCCCCCUCCCAUUCCGAAUCCGACCUUUCUGUCCUUGGCCAGAGUGAGGCCCACCGUAAAUUGGAGGAGCAGCACCUCAUAUUUCGCAUGGGUAGUUUGCACCCUAGUGGUAUGAACAUUGAUUUCUCCAAUUUCAGG